ACGAAUAUAUCAAUUUCAACGAGAUGAAAUCGUAUUUUUUUAUAUUGAUAAUAUUGUUGCUUGUUAAUUGUAUCCAUACCUUAUCUGUGUAUGGAGAAAAUCGUGCUUCAGUUAUAAGCAACAACAAAAUUGAGAAAGAAAAAAUAGUUCGUGUUAAGAGAUCUCCUUUAAUUAAAUUACCUUUGCUCGUUGGAGCAACUAUAAUUGGUAAAAAAUCAUUAUUAUUGGGUGGUACUAUUCUUGGAGCUAAGGCUCUCGGCGUUGGACUUGUAGGAGUUGGUUUGUAUAAAGCUAAAUAUUAUGGCGGUGGCUAUGGAGCUAAAUAUGCGAGCUAUCAAUAUGCACCACUUACUUAUAUUGAAUCAAAUUGGGACUAA